AUGCAACAUUUUCAGGCACCACGAGGUCUGUCUUUGGAAGAGAAACGCACUAAGCUACUGGAGAUAUUCCACGAGUCGAAAGAUUUCUAUCAAUUGAAGGAGCUUGAGAAGCUCGGUCCCAAGCUCAAGGGAAUUGUUUCUCAGACGGUUAAAGAAGUCUUACAGUCUCUCGUCGACGACGGUCUUGUCCAGGGUGAUAAAAUUGGCGCUUCAAACUUUUUCUGGAGCUUCCCUUCGCAAAGAGGAACCAUUGUCCAAAAUCGCCUUGACAACGUGAAAGAGACGAGGACUAGCUAUGAGGCUCAGCUAGCUGAGCUAAAAACAGCUAUCGAGCACGAGAGAACACUCAGACCCCUAAGCGACUCUCGCGCGGCAGCGUUGGAGCAGCUUACUUCCAUGAAAAAGCAGCUAGCUGUUCUACAAGAAGAAAUCGAUGCUUACGGCGCUUGCGAUCCUGUGAAAGUGGAGGAGAAAAGGAGAGCUGUCACACUGGCACACGAGGCGGCAGUACGGUGGACAGACAACUAUUCCAUCCUUCUUUCACAUUUCACUCGCCAAACUGGGAUGGACGCACAAGACAUCAGGAGGUAUCUGGAGAUCGGCGAUGAUUAUGAGGAUAUCUUCUGA